AUUGAUUUCCGUUAGAGAUCACUCGUUAAGAUGAAUUCGAUUGAUGGUUUUCGAUAACGUAUGAGUAUUCGCUUGAUAACGAACAUAAAAUAUCAUGCGAGUAUUAUAGCUCGAAAACAAAAUAGUUUGCUCAUGUUUAAAAGGAAGAUUUUGGUUGACGAAAAUGUCAUGCGAGUAUUUUAAUUCGAAAGCAAAAUAGCUUGCAGGUUCAUGUUUAAACGGAAGAAUUCGAUCGAUGAUAUUCGAUAGCUUAUGAAUGUUUACUUUUUAUUGAACGUAAAUUUUCAUGCGAGUAAUUUAGCUAGAAAAUAAAAUAGCUUGCGAGCUAUUAGGAAAAUUUCGGUUGACGCUAUUCGUUAGCGUAUGAAUGCUCGCUUGUAUCGAAUGUAAAAUGUCAUGCGAGUAUUUUAGCUCGAAAGCAAAAGAGCUAUCGAAGCUCCUGUUCACAGAGAAAAUAAAGUGAAAUAUCGUUUUAAUAUUAAUUGAUAUAGAAAAACUACUUAAUAACAAAAUCAAAUAAUUACUUUCUGUGCUCUUAGGUGUUGAGGCCAUAAAAUACAAAAAAAGAAAUGAAUAUGGAAAUAAAGAAAAAAUUUGCGGGAACGAUAAAAACUGGAUAUAUAUUAGAAACUGUUUAAAAAGUAUCCUGACAACGUGAUGUUUAGGGCCAGUUUGGUAAGUGCAUAUACAGGCAAAUUUUUUUGGGGAUUAUAGAAAUCAUGCUAGCUGUUAAGAAAAGAUCUGAUAUAUUUUAUUGAACUUUUUUUUUAUAUUCUUGUUUAAUAGAUUUUAUUUUUUGUACUUAUUUUAAUCUUCAAAUUUUGUAUAUGAUUUGUCUAUUUAUAUUACUAUUCUUCCUCUUUUUUGUAUUAUUUUAUACGCACAUGCAACGUUAUAAAUACAACAAACGGGAAACCCAAUUUAAUACGAAAACAAUCGAUUAUCAUCAAACCGAAAUACAAUCGUAUCGUUUUUUGCUAUCAUAUCGCACGUGAAUCCACUUAUGCCCUCAAUAUAUUGCGUAUAAUUUCAAAAUUUUUUUCUUUUUUUGGAAAACCAUCUAAAUUUUACCAAUACUUUCCCUACAAUUGGAAACACAUAGCCUGCGUACAAGGUUUAACGUGUAUUUAGUCCAUUCAAGCUAUGUAAGUGCUGCUAAUUCGUAUAAAAAGUUACCAUGAAGCACGUACAACCCUUGUUCUAUUUCGUAAUCAAAUAUCGUAUAUAAGGGUAAUAAUCACAUAUGAAAAAUGUAACUUUCCGUUAGCUAUCGUUUAUGGCAAACAGUUGCGUACAAAAGCAACAGCUAACUUUCAGCUAUAUGCAUUUGUUAACUGCCGAUGGGAUUUGACUCUCUUACGAAUCAAUGCAGACUUGGAACUCAAGUUCUUUCUGAUGAGUAAGGGAGGAAUGUGUAGGGAUUAUUGCACCGAUUAGCAUGAUUUACUAAGUAAUUUGCUCAUCUUCAGCGAAAUUUGAGUCGACUACGAACCACUGCAGCUUGCAAGGCGGCCAAUGAAUGCCCAUGUUACAAAAUGACGUACACAAAGCUUACGGUUACCACAUUCUGCAAUAAAGAUAUAAUCGGGCAUAUUGCUUGUUACGUUGAAGGAGCUAUUAGCCCAUCGAUGUGAAAAUUAAUUAUCGUAUUAAAAAAAUUGAAGAAAAUAAUAUCGUUUGACACUUAUGGACGCGUACUUGUCGUUCUGUUCGGUAUACCAAAUUUCGGCCGAACCAAUGAACGGUUACCGAAGAUAUAUAUCAAGCUAUAUUUUCUAAAACGUCGUCUUUAAUCUUAUGGCAGUUGACAGUUGACCGCUAAUGUAUGACACAAUUGAGUUUUACAAUAAAUUUUCUGGUUGUACAAUAAAUUUUUUGGUCGUACAAUAAACUCUUUACUUCUCCUCUUAAUUGACAAAAUAAAUAUCUGUUCGGUAAUCUUGGCAAUCUAAAAUUUAAAAUUUGAAUCGAACCAAUUAAAAGUUUGAACAGCACUGAAGCGAUUGGAAACAGUGACGUGAAGAGAGUAACAUAUGUGACAAUAUAUGUAUAAUACAGGAACUCACAUACACACACACAUACACACACACACAUAUACCCAAACACACACAUUGAUUAACAAAACAACUGAAUUCACAUAUGUUCUCACCUAUUAAAGGACAAGUUCGAAUAAAAAUGAAAAUGAUGACGUUUUUUUUUUUUUUGUUUUUCUUUUUUUGAUCCUUUUCGUUAACAUCAAACAAGCUGUAGAACAUUAAUAAAAACAUCAAAGGCAAUAAAAAUGGAAAAGAAAUUUAACCGAAAUGAUUUAAAAAAAAAAAAAAAAAAUGGAGAAAAACUGCUAAAUCUUCAAUUGUACGGUAUUAGUGAGAGAAAUCAAUUUUCAUUUCAACUCAAGGAUUUCAUUUUUACAAGUAUUAGCCAAACCGUUGAUGAUAAUUUUAUUGCUGUGUGUGCGGUGUGGUGCGGUGCGGUGCGGUUCGGUGUGUGAUGUGCUUUAAUAUGGUGAAAUGAUUGUGUCGGUAUAACACGAUAUAAACGAUGAACACUAUAAACAUGAAUGAGCGAAUACUUGUACUGUGCGCGAUGUAUACGUGGAAACGAUAGGAGAGAAGAGAAAAACGAAGAAGAAUUUUCAUUUGAAAUUGAUUAAUAACGACGAACGAACAAUGUACAAUAGAAGAAACUAAAUUGAAAAUGUAUAGAAAGCAUAUUACUUAGAAGCAAUAACACAUCCAGCAACACCAACAAUAGCAACAAUAAUAACAACAACAGAAUAAAAUAAUCAGCAAAAAUAACAACAACAAUAAAAAAAAAGAUAACAACAACAAAAACAAGAGAAGCAGAAGCAGCACCAACUAUAUUAUGUCGUUUUUGAAUACAAUAAACAUACACAUGUAGUAGAGUUUAGAGUAAACUUUGUAUGAAGAAAAUGGAAACGAAAAUGAAAACAGCACGAAACGUUUUCCAGCUCUAAAAUAGAAAUAAAAAUCAAGUGAAUUUAACAAAACAAAAAUAAAAAUAAUGAAGACAUAUUAGCACAGAGUGUAUGGAAAAAUGAAUUUGUUUUCAUAUAGGCAGACACUUGGACUAAAGUAAUACAAAAGUUUUUUGCUUUUUCUUUUUGUUCUUUUCCGUUCCUUCGAAAUGCGAAAGUUUUUAGCUCCCGAUUAUUAUUACUUGAGCCACAGUAGUUAGUUGAGAAGCAGCGUAAAAUUAUUAAUUAAAACAUUUCUGGUGUUCAAAAUUUGUUUUUGUUUUUUUUUUUUUGUGUUCUUUUUUGACACAAAACUACAAUAGAAUGGAAAAUAUCGUUGAAAAGAAAAUCUUAAAAAACAAAAAAGCAAAAAAAAAGACAGCAUAAAAGAAAAUUAUGAAAAUUCGUAUACAAGAAAACAUACACACAUGUACGUAGGCUGGAGUGUGUGGUGCGUAACAAGAAAGAAAAAUGAUAUGAAUUUUAAGAAUUACGAAGAAACGGAAAAACCUGCGAGAAUUCUUUUAAGAGCAUAUUACGUGAAAUGUAGUAAAACCAAAAAAAGGAACCAAAAAAAAGGAAAAGAAAAAAAAAGAAAAUUAUUUAAAGUUUUCAUUUUUGAAAAAAUUAAAUAUUACACGCACACUCGCACACACAAAUCAACAAACCAACGAACCAACCAACCAACCAAACAACAAAGAAAAGUAUUCCCUGAGGGUUUAAAGAACAACGUUAAGUAAUAACUCUCGACAACUCGGUUAUGUUUGCGUUUACGCAAACGAUAAAAUAAAAUAUCAUCAUAUAAAGGAAAAAAAAUUCUUUCUUGCAACACACAUGUGGAAUACUUUUGUCACCUAAAGAUAAAGGAGCAGACCCAACUCAUAUAUACAUUUGUAUAUGUAUAUAUGUGAGAUUGUCGAUGACGCUUUAUAAUUUAAGCGCCAUUUUGUGCUAUAAGCUAUUUUAUAUGGAAUAUAUCAGCAGAAAUAUCAACAUUUAAAUAAUUAUACAAAAAGAAGAAAAGAGGAGGCGUGUUCAAAUAUCCCCUGAAAGAUAAUUAUUGUAUUAGCCAGUUAACUGCAAAUUUCAUAUAAGCGUAAAAACAAAAAAGUAUUACAUAUUACAUAUAUUGUGUACACUUUAGCGCUUAAGUGCCGUCCUCCACUAAGCCUCCAUCAAGUUGCCUUAAGAAGAAAUGUAGCAACCGCAUAUAAAACAAAUAGAGUGCAAAAGUCCGUUAAAAGUUAACAUUGUAUCAUUCGAAACGCCACGCGAAUACGACCAGCACCUCCACCACCACCACCACCAGCAACACCAUAACCGACACCACCAGAUCCCAUAACCACCUUUAAAGUUUAAGCGAUCAAAAAUCCAACAUUCAGCAACAUAGCCGGUGACACUUUGCCUCGUAAAAUGAAUGCGAGUCUCAUGUAUGAGAUUCUCAUGUAUUUGAAUUCAUUUUAUUUCGGUUUGUAUGCGUCCUUUAAGAUAUGCAUAAGUGUCCUCAAGCCCAUCUAUUUGCCAUACGAAGAGAAUGUAUUAACUCGAGAGGCCUGCAUACUAUUAGCCAUGUGCAUUGUGGAGACAAUACGCAACAUAUUAGGUCGUCAAAGCAGUCUAAGUGAUCGUGGUUGGCAAGCGAUAGCAUCCGUAAUAUUAACACUGCCCAGUCUCGCUAUUGUUAUUUAUUUAUGUUGUUUUCAAACCUACGUUCUCAAACUCGAAAUUCUUAUGAGUGCCUUAAUGAUAGCCCUCCAAGGUGCUGAACUAGUGUUUGCCUGUAUAUUCAUUUGCACGAUGUGUCGUCCGGUUACGUAUACCUAGCAGUUGAUUGCCUGCCAACAUCACUAUCAUUACUAUCAUAAUAAUUAUUCGCAAUCAGAUCAUAAUUUAAUAAGCGAUUAUAUUCAGAGCAAGAACAACAACAACAAAAACAACAACAAUAACUGCAAUUACCAAGUAAACCUUAAAGAGUUCGAUUAUAAUCAUAAAGCAACAACAAGAAGAAGAAGACGAAAAAGAUAUAAAUUUUUUUAUG